UUUCAGCUGAGGCUGGGACCAAAUCUUCCCUUUCUAUACUGUGGGCAGGGAGGUGGCUGUGUUCCCUGCUGACUGAUGAGGCCUGGUGGCCAUCGGACUUGCUGGAGCCUGUGUGAGGUGGGGUGGAACAGUUAUUCUUGGAUGUGCUAGGGUAGAAUUUCAGAUUUGUUUAUCCUUGUAGGAGGCACCUUGGGGCCAGGGGAGGGGCACCCAGCUCAGCACUAACAUUCAGGUCACCUGGCCCGGAGGGGCCUCAAAUUUCCUUCUCUUUGCUGUGUAUGCAUUGGGAGGCAGAACUAUGUUUCUUCCAGAAAAUUUGGGGAGAGGUACUAGCGGUUCCCAGCAAGUCCAAGCCAAUGUGCAUAGCAGCUAACACUGAAGUAUACUUCACAGCAACUGGCCUGGGGAUUGUGCAGGCCAGAGUCAGUACUAUUAAUAUCUGGGCAUGAGCCCUAACUGGGUGAUCCUCUUAUGUGUGUGUGUGGCCUUAGCCUCUGGGACUAGCAUUGAGUGUGUUCCCUUAGUGCAGUAGGGUUCCUGGGGCCUCCUAGCCGCUGUGCCCCACUCCUGUAUAUAGCAACCUACUUCUGCAAGUAGGGGUCCAACCCCACCUAGCUCUUCAGCUGUGCUGCCUAUAGGAGUGAUUCCACCCAUGGAAGACCAGUUCAGGUGGCUAGAACUCUCAAGCUGUCCUUGGGGACAACUAUAAUUCUAAGAGGUAGUGAUACUCUAACUGCUAGAACCUAUACUACACAUACCUGGGUCAUCCCACUGUCCAGGGACAUCCACCUCUGAGCCCUCUGUGCUUACCUGCGUCCUUGGCUAUGAGCAGCCCCCCAGCUUACCCUGGCAUCAGGAUCUCAGGGUGCUGGGCUCUUGGAGCAGAAAGCAGCAAUGCAGGGUCCUUGGACAGACUUCUCCCACCAGUGGGUACUGGGCGCUCACCCCGGAAGCGCACCACCAGCCAGUGCAAGUCAGAGCCACCCCUGCUUCGUACAAGCAAACGAACCAUCUACACAGCUGGGCGGCCACCAUGGUACAACGAACAUGGUACCCAGUCCAAGGAGGCCUUUGCCAUUGGCUUAGGAGGCGGCAGUGCGUCUGGGAAGACCACUGUGGCCAGGAUGAUCAUUGAGGCCCUAGAUGUACCCUGGGUGGUCCUGCUGUCCAUGGACUCCUUCUAUAAGGUUCUGACACAGCAGCAGCAGGAACAGGCCGCCUGCAACAAUUUCAACUUUGACCACCCUGAUGCCUUCGACUUCGAUCUCAUCAUUUCCACCCUCAAGAAACUAAAGCAGGGCAGGAGUGUCCAAAUACCCAUCUAUGAUUUCACCACCCAUAGCCGGAAAAAGGACUGGAAAACACUGUACGGUGCAAAUGUCAUCAUCUUUGAGGGUAUCAUGGCCUUUGCUGACAAGACACUGCUAGAGCUUCUGGACAUGAAGAUCUUUGUGGACACAGACUCUGACAUCCGACUGGUACGGCGGCUGCGCAGGGACAUCAGUGAGCGAGGCCGGGACAUUGAGGGUGUCAUCAAGCAGUACAACAAGUUUGUCAAACCUGCUUUCGAUCAGUACAUCCAGCCCACCAUGCGCCUGGCAGAUAUCGUGGUGCCCAGAGGGAGUGGGAACACAGUAGCCAUUGACCUGAUUGUGCAGCAUGUUCACAGCCAGCUGGAAGAGAGGAAGCUGCGUUGGGAUAUGGCCGCGUUGGCCUCUGCUCACCAGUGCCACCCCCUUCCCCAGACACUGAGUGUCCUCAAGAGCACACCACAGGUACGAGGCAUGCACACCAUCAUCAGGGACAAGGAGACCAGCCGGGACGAAUUCAUUUUCUACUCCAAAAGACUGAUGCGGCUGCUUAUUGAACACGCGCUGUCUUUCCUGCCCUUUCAGGACUGCACUGUACAGACCCCACAGGGGCAGGACUACGUGGGAAAGUGCUACGCUGGAAAGCAGAUCACCGGCGUGUCCAUUCUGCGUGCGGGAGAGACCAUGGAGCCUGCGCUGCGUGCUGUGUGCAAGGACGUGCGUAUCGGCACCAUCCUCAUCCAGACCAACCAGCUCACAGGGGAGCCUGAGCUCCAUUACCUGAGACUUCCCAAGGAUAUUAGUGAUGACCAUGUGAUCCUGAUGGACUGCACAGUAUCUACGGGUGCUGCAGCCAUGAUGGCUGUACGUGUACUCCUGGACCAUGAUGUGCCUGAGGACAAGAUCUUUUUGCUAUCCCUGCUCAUGGCAGAGAUGGGCGUACAUUCUGUGGCCUAUGCAUUCCCACGUGUGAGAAUCAUCACCACAGCCGUGGACAAGCGUGUCAAUGACCUUUUCCGUAUCAUCCCAGGCAUUGGGAACUUUGGUGAUCGAUACUUUGGGACAGAUGCAGUCCCUGACGGCAGUGAUGAUGAUGAGGUUACCUCUGUGGGUUAGUUCCCUGUCCCAGCUACUCUUACUUCUACCCAGCCUUCUGUCUGGAGUCACAGACACAACACAUUAACUUAUUUGAAUUUUAAAAUGUUACCAAUAAUAUUCAGUUUACACAUUUUAUAAAAUAAAUAAAGCUUCAGAAAAUGA